AUGGCAGAAUCUCAUUCAGCUUCGACGACACUCGACGACAUCAUUACGGAACUAAGACUUUCGUAUGACUCGACUGUGGGGUUGCUUGAUGGAGAAGCGGUGCGCACCAUACCUAAUGUCAAUACAUUGUUGAAUUUGAAUAAAUUGUUGACGAAAUUGUGGAAUGGGUUGAAUGAAGUAGAGGAAUCUGAUGAUACCGCAUUGGCGGCUAUAAAUGCGUUGGAAGCGGAAAAGAAGAAAGCGGAGGAGAUGGAAGAACAAGAUAGCUCAGUCAACGAAAAGAAACGAGCAAGAGAGUCGUCCAUUUCCGAAGAAGGGGAAUUCCAAAAGGAAAAUGUCGAAGAAGUAGUAGGUGAAGAAGAAGGUGAAGAUUCUAUCAAUUUGGCCAAGAGGAGAAAGCUCAGCAGCGGGGCUUCCGCAGCCGAUGAAGACGAGGACGACAAAAAACAAAAAGAAGAAGACGAAGAAGAAGAACAUGAUGAUAAAGAAAGAGUAAACUCCAAGGAUGAUCCGGUGCCGCCUAUACAAUCAGGUUCAUUUACUCAGGAUAAUGAUACCAGAUUAAAGAACCCCAAGUCUGAAUAUGUCGAACCACAGACUCUUUCUGCUGAAGCUAUAGCCGAAUUAGGGCUAUUCUCCGAGGCAAAGUUUGGCAGCGAUGAAGUACCUGACCGUGAAUACUUGAAGAAGAAGUAUGGUGUUGCAUCGUUUCCUGAAAAUGAUUUACAAGACCUUCUUCCUGGUCAAAUACCCGAUAUUGAUUUCUCCAAAAACAAACCACCAACUAAUCAAGUCCAAUUCAGUACAUUCCAAUCAUAUAUUGAACCAUAUUUCAGACCAUUUCUGACGGAAGACAUUGAGUUUCUUCGAGAAAGAAAUAUCAUUCCACCUGGGUUUAACAAACAAGAUUAUGAUGCAGAUGUAACUCCGUUCUUGAUUCCCAAGUUGGGCAGAUUCUACGCUGACGUAUGGGCCGAAGAAGACGCUACUUUAUCAUCGAAGUUAAAUUCUCCUGCUUUUCAACAACCUCAAUCAGAUUCAUACAAACCUAAGGGGUCCAUUGAUGUUAUAAGCGAUGAUGUAUUAUACACGGAGGAAAUCUCAUGUGGUCCGCUUUCCAGCAGGUUAUUGUCGGCGAUUUUGAGUACGCACGAAGGAACAUUACAAGAUGAAGACCCCGAACAACCUAACGGAGAAAGACCCGCUUCUGAGUCACUUGACGACGAGCAGAUUGCCACACAGUUGGACAGCACAGAAGAUUACAAAGUGACUACUGAAGUCAAUGAUUUCCAAUCCAUAGAAGAACGAUUGAAACGAGAGUUGAAGUACAUUGGUAUUUUCAUGAACUUACCGUUAACCAGUGAAGACGGUAAAAUCAAGACUAAGCAAGGUGGACGGGUUCCUAAGAAGUUAACUGCUAGCAUUAUAGAUAAUGAUGAAUGGAUAAAGAAUAAGGAGGAUGAUGAAGUGUGUGCUGAGAUUAGAUCUUUGCAGAAAGAGUUGAAAGAAACUGUGAGCAGGAACCGUGCUAAUCGAAAGAAAUUAAUUCCGUUAGUGGAAGAACACAUUGCGUACCAAGAAUACUGUGCAAUCUUGGAAGAUUUGGAUAAACAAAUAGGUCAAGCGUAUAUGAAGAGAAUGAAGGGAAAAAGCAAAAAGAAGAAGGUUGAAGCCAAUACUCCACAACAGCAAGCACUUAACAAUGGAUUACGAGCACUAUUGGAAAAGAGACGGAGAUGGAUUGAAAAUAUCGGUAAAUUGUUCCCUAAUCCAGAAGUUAUGAAACGUGUUCCCGCAGAGUCAAUCUUGGUUAAAGAAGGUGAAGUUGAUCCUGAACCUGCUGAAGAUGAGAAUACUGAUAAUGUCUCUACUGCAGUGGAAAUAAUACAAAAGGUUUAG